GGCUGAGGGGCGGGACGGUGCUGAGUCCGAGUGGACGUCGUUGCCGUGACAACGGGCGGCGCCGUCCGGUAGCGAUGGCCUCAAGUGUAAAGAAGGCGAGCAUGGCGUCUUCUGCGCAGAGGAAGAGGGUGAGUCCGAAGCCAGAGCUCACGGAGGAGCAGAUCCAGGAGGUCCGUGAAGCCUUUGAUCUCUUCGAUGCCGACGGAACCGGCACCAUAGAUGUCAAGGAGCUCAAGGUGGCAAUGCGGGCCCUUGGCUUUGAACCCAAGAAAGAAGAGAUCAAGAAAAUGAUAAGCGAAAUCGAUAAGGAAGGGACUGGCAAGAUGAACUUUAGUGACUUUUUGACUGUCAUGACUCAGAAAAUGUCUGAGAAAGAUACCAGAGAGGAAAUCCUGAAAGCGUUCAAGCUCUUCGACGAUGAUGAAACUGGGAAGAUCUCGUUCAAAAAUCUCAAACGCGUGGCCGAGGAGUUGGGCGAGAACCUCCCUGACGAGGAGCUGCAGGAAAUGAUUGAUGAAGCCGAUCGAGAUGGAGAUGGAGAGGUGAGUGAGCAGGAGUUUCUGCGCAUCAUGAAGAAGACCAGCCUUUACUGAGACCAGUCUGUCCGUCUCCACUGCAAGCACACACACCUCUAGCUUCGAACCUGCCCUGCGUGAAACGCUCCACAACACAAACUCACCUCUGACCUUCCCAGCUAACUGGAGCCGCUGCGGAACGUUUGCUUAGCUCGUUCUCUGUCAGAGGCUCUGACCACUUCAGUUGUCUAAGGCACAUUAGGGGAGAGCACAGUAGAGAGGAGGAAAGGGCCUCAGAGCUUGUACUUCCCUGCCGGUCUUGCCCCCCUCCUCCAUGCAUUCCACUUGUGGCCAGCCACAGAAGGGUUUUGGGACAAGCACAUGUGCCCACAUGCCCCAGGCAGGGCUGUCUCUGAUGGAUCCCGUUUGAUUGACACCUGAGCUUUCUCUUUUCUAAAACUCUCACUUGCAUUUGGAUGUGUAUUUGUGCUAUUUUGUUAUGUCUUAAAAUAAAUUCCUUAUUUUGAG